AUGGGCUCCCUGGACAUCCUCAUGGAGAAACAGUUUCCAGCUAUAGCAGGCAAAGAAAGAGGACCGGGUCCUGGACGGUACGCGCUUCCGCCAACCAUCGGUCACGUGGGACACGAUUUCACGAGGCCGACCUGUCCCGCUUACUCGUUCCACGGAAGGAUGAGUGACCACAUGUUCGGCGUUGACAGCAGUCCUGGACCUCGGUACCACGUGCAGGCUAAAAUGACACGAUUCGGGAAGGAUGGGACUCCUGCCUACUCCAUGCUGGGUAGAAUCAAAGCUCGAAAUGAGCUCUUCAGGACACCUGGACCGGGCUCUUACAGCCCGGAAAGAGCCCCGCCGUGUAACCGCCAACGCCGAGCUCCUUCAUACACAAUGGGCUCUCGAACUCCCUACUGCAGUGUGGACUCAGUACCGGCCCCUAACCGAUACCAUCUACCCUCACUAUUGGGCCCUCAUGUCCCCAACAAAGCAUCCAGCGCUAGCUAUACCAUGUCAGGCACCUUCACCACCGGAGGUCCCUCGGAGGAUCUGGCCAAGACUCCGGCGCCAUGCACGUACAACAGUACUGACCCGAGCGUUUACCUCCGCAGACAACCUGCCUUCUCUAUGUUUGGGCGUCACAGCCUGCCUAAAGGUGACACUAACGUUCCCGGGCCUGGCACCUACCAUCCAGAACAGGUAACUGUUGACAAAGCUCGCGCCCCCGCCUUCUCUCUGGGCAUCAAACACUCAGAGUUCAUCACCCCCUUGGUCAUCGUUGUGUCCGAUUAA